AUGAUAGCCCUCGCAGCGAACCCCGACGCACUCAGUGCUCCUGCCGUAGAUCUGCUCGGUGGCAUCAAGUUGCCCGCACUUGACAACACGUACGGAGCCCUGCUCCUAGGGACCGCCCUCGGGCUCAUGUUGUAUAGCCUCACAGUGCAACAGACGUACCGGUACACCCGACUGUACCCUGCGGAUGUACUGUGGCUAAAAUGUCUAGUAUAUGGAAUAUUAGUCUUCGAAACAUUUCAUACCGUCCUCUGUUUGAUCGCGGUGUACUACCACCUCAUCACGAACUACUUCAAUCCCCUAAGCCUCUUGGUCGGCCAUUGGACAACAAGACUAAUUACACCCACAACUGGGGCUACAAUUGUGCUCUGCCAAAGUUUCUAUGCGUACCGGGUAUACCGCAUUGGCCCACUGUACAUAUAUCGACUACUCGUCGCCGCCGCGAUCACGUUCAUGAUUUGUACAGUUGGCUUCACGAUCGCGGCCACUGUUGAAGGAUUCCGCCUCAGCCUCAGUGACUUUAAACACGAUAGCUUAACGGGUCGGCGCCCAUGGCAGUGGCUUGUGUCUGCUGUAUUCGGAUUUACGGUGUUGGCAGAUAUCUGUCUCACCGGAACGCUUGUGGUCGUGUUGCUACGCAGUCGCACUGGGUUCAAACGGACGGACUCGCUUAUUGAUGUCCUUAUCAUAUACUCUCUCAAUACGGGUGUGUUCACGACUAUCAUUGGCUUGCUGGGUUUCAUUUUCGCCAUCAUACUCCCUGGAAACUUCAUCUAUAUUGGCAUCAGCAUUGCCGGAGUCAAACUGUACGCCAAUUCCGUCCUCGCCGUCCUAAACUCUCGUCGAUCUCUCUCCGAUCGCAUGAUCGCGGGCUUUGAGAUGGGAUCCUUUGAGCCGAACUACGCCAUGCCCGGCCAUGGAAGCAAUGCACGGAAAGUGCAACAGCUGCCUGUCUCCGUACUGACGAGCACGGAUAUGGUAUUCGCGUCGGUAGUGCAGACGCAAGACGGAAACCCGGAGUCCGAAACGACCGCGGCAAGCCAGGGGGAAAGCGACAAACGGACGUUUCCAUCGUCGUCGGUUUCCUUCAAAGCGUCAGGAUAUUCGCCAGAUUUGCAUCGGGAAGCCGAUGGCUUCCGAUCCUAA